AUGGCGGCGGAGCGGGGCGGCCGGGCGGGCAGGGAGAGCCUGAAGGCGGCGGCCCGCGCCCGGCUGCGCGCGCACGACGUGGCCGGGCGGUUCUCGGCGCUGCCGCUGCCCAGGGCGGCCGUGCUGCUGCCGCUGCUGGAGCGCGGCGGGCGGCUCUGCCUGCUGCUCACCGUGCGCUCGCUGCAGCUGAGAAGAUUCCCGGGAGAAGUGUGUUUUCCGGGAGGUAAAAGUGAGGCAGCAGAUAAGGAUGAGAUUGAGACUGCGCUUAGAGAAGCCAAGGAAGAAAUAGGGCUCCCGCCAGAGGAGGUUGAAGUCGUCUGUAGGCUCGUCCCUGGGAUUGAUAAAAUGAAUAAUUUGGUAACACCAGUUGUAGGAUUUAUAGAGGACACGUUCCAGGCCACUCCUAAUCCAGAUGAAGUGAGUGAUGUGUUUGUGGUGCCACUGGAAUACUUCAUUGAGCCCUUAAAUUACACGUCCUUGCCUUAUAAAAUGUCAUCUGGUCACCAAGGUCGGAUGCAUUGCUUCACGUACGAUGACAAUGAGCAUAAAGCACCAUUCAAGAUAUGGGGACUUACUGCACACUUCGCUGUAUUUCUUGCUCUUGUAAUUUUUGGAAGGAGACCUACCUUUGAAGUUGAUUAUGAUCUUGACAACUUGCUGCCAUCUGCUGUGCAGAACUUCAUGAAUUUAUAUGCAUCAGUACAGGAAGCGAAGAAAAGUCAUCUAUGAGAUACUGAACUGCCAGUUAAUGAAACUUAAUGAAAUUGGUGAAAAGGAGUUGGCUUUAUUCUCUCUAUUCCUGUUACUUGAUUUAACUUCACAUUUAUGUUUUUCUGAGUUGGAAACUUUAAUUAGAUUUUUAAAAGUUCUGAGAAGUUAAUCAGGCUCUAAUUGGGUUCAUGUAAUUAUUGGGCCUAUAUUAGGAUUGCCAAAAGCACAGUGGUUUUGAUGAACUUGCAAUUAAUAUAAUGACUUGGAAGAUAUAGGUUCAAUUUGUACAUUUAUCUUGGAUGAUCUAAUAUUGUUUCUUUAAUAUACCUUCCUUUUGCAAAGUGAGAUAUUUUUCAUAACCUUUUCAGUUUGAAUGGGAAUAUAAACAUUUUGGAGGAUCUGUCUGCACUUACUCUGACAUAUCACAUGUGGCAUAAUACAGUCGUGAUUAAGCACUGUUACAAGGUACACAAUAAAGAUAUAGGUGAUGGGUGCUUUCACAGUUCUUGCUGUUGUUGUUAUUUGUUGUUUUUAAUUUUGGUGGGAGGCUUGGAGGGAAGAGGGAAUGAUGGAUUCUAAUCCUAUUGUUGAACUCACCCUUUCCCAUAGAGAAUUUUGCAAGCGUGCAGUGAGUGAAUGGUACCUUGUCUUCAGAGAGAAGACUUCUGCCUCUCCUUCCUCUUGCUGGCAUCACUCAUUCAGCUUCUAGGAGGAGUCAUUUUAAGAAGAGACAAGCAGAGUUCACAGUUCCUAGACUGAGGAGCUCAGUGAACCUUUGCCAGUCCUCUGGCAACGUCAGAUACCUGGUGCUCUUUGUGAACCUUUUCCACUCA